AUGUCAGACUUUGUGCAAGGACUUGAUCCCUCGAGAUUCGUUCUCGCGGAAACUGUUUUGUCAUUUGCCAUCAGUCCGUUUGCCGCCCCAACAUACAACCUACCCAUCUUCCUUUUUGGAUUGUAUGCACAGGAAAAUACAGAGGCUGUGUUGUCAUUGCAGGUGUUCUCAGCGCUUCUAGGCGCUUCUGCUCUUUUCGAUCUCAUAUGGAUGUUCCAAAACCCUCAAGCAUGGGUCAUUAGGAUGGUCAGCGUUCUGAUCUUCCUCUUCAAGGCCCCAACCUUUCUUGCAUUCGCCAACUCCCUCCGUUCAAGAGGCCAUCUCACUGGUCUUGGAGGUCUUGGAGGUGCUUGUGCAGUUUGGACGAUGCCGGGAGGUUUCUCCUCCAAUGAUAGGGAUGGAUAUCAAGCUGUCCACGAGCACUCUGUGCCAGAAACGGCUCGCCCUCCAAUUGCAUCUCCCCAGAUUCAUCAGGCGCCUCCAGCACCAGGUGCCUACCAGUCAGUGUAA